GUUCACUACCGUUGAUUCGAAUAUUGAAUGGUUAUACGCAUUAUAUAUAAUACUACUUUGUUGUUUGAGUCAUACUGCUCUGACAGUUUAUCAAAUAUAGUUUUAUCUCUAUAUGUAUACAUGUAGUAUAUUUAAAGUUAUUGACAUAACUAACGCCUUUGUUUAACAAUUAUAAUCCAAAUGAAAUUUAACGAAAAAGAACUCGCUGAAUUAAGUAAUGGCACCGCCGAUUUAGAAGGCCGCCUAAAUCAUAAGCGGGCACACAAGUCAGGAUCCAAAGAAAGAUGGUUCAAAUUAAAGUACAAUUUAUUAUUUUAUUUUAAUAUCAAUGAAAUAGGCCAAAUUGAUAACCGUCAAGCAGCUGGAGUUAUUGUUUUGGAAAAUUACAGUAUUAAUCAUGACAUGUUUGAAGGAGCAUUUGCAUUUAGUAUAUCUUUUCGUGAUGAGCACGAAAAGAGACAUAUCUUAAGUGGUCGCUCUGAAGAUCAGGUUGAACAAUGGGUUUCUGCUCUUAAACGAGCCAGUUAUGAAUAUUGGAGAUCUCAAUUAAUUUUACUUCAAGAAACGCUGUGUAAAAAAACAGGGAAAGAUCCUUUAUUAAUGCACCUUAGAAAUCAAGGUAUCAUUAGGGAUGAAGCUUGGGAACCUGCAUCCAGUUUUAGAUCACAUGUACAAUCUUUUACAACAUCAGUUGUGUAUACGCUAGCUAGACUAAAUCCAGUACAAAAAGAAGUUAAUUUAAUUGAAUUUUAAUUGAGAAUUCAAAUAAUUAUCUUUAAGGAUGAACUUGAAUAAGUAAAAUGACUGAUAAAAAUAUUCUAUACUCAGUCUCAGAUAGUUAAUUAUAUAUUUUA